AUGUCUACGUCACUAUACAAUACAUCCAUUGUGCCCGCCAAGCAAGCUCUCGCUAGCCUUGCCAAUAUCCUUCGCAAAGGAGAGCAGCAGUCCAAUGCCGCCAACUUCAUCACUGCCGCUUUGAGCGAAGACAUGAAGCCAUUGAGUUUCCAAAUCUCUUCUGUUGUCCAGUUGAGUGAGAAAAUGGUUGCCAGAUUGACCGGUAGCCCGGUCCCAGAGUCCAGCAUGGAUAUCUCCUCAUUCACUGAUGCCCACACACUCAUCGAGAAGGCUCUCAAGGCCCUCAACGACACCGACGAGACCAUUGUCAACAACAACGCACAGAAUUCUGCAGACAUUGGUAUGGGGCCUGGAGUUACAGUCCCCAUGCGUCUAGACGACUAUGCCAGAGCUUUCAUCAUGCCUAAUGUUUAUUUCCAUCUUGUUACGGCCUAUGCCAUCCUGCGAAAGGAAGGCGUGCCCCUUGGCAAGAGGGAUUAUCUAGGUAGCUUUCUGAAUCCUUAUCUCCCUCAGAGCCAGUAG